AUGGGAGCAAAUAACGGCACAAUAAAUCAGUUCAAUAAUCAUGCAGACCCUUUAGACAAGCUUCCAGCCGCGCUUGGGGCUGGGUUGGAUUCGUAUAUGGGCCAGCAUGAAGAUGAGUGUCUUUCGGGGACUCGAAUGGAUCUUCUCCACAACAUCGCAGAGUGGGCUGUGUCGCCGCACGGAAAGUGUAUCUUCUGGUUGAAUGGCAUGGCUGGGACAGGGAAGUCGACCAUUUCCCGGACAGUCGCAAGAUCCUUCAAAAUGGACCAGCUGGUAGUUAGCUGCUUCUUCUUCAAGAGAGGUGAGGGGGAUCGAGGCAAUGCCACCAAAUUCUUCCCGACGAUUUCCAGACAACUAGCGUUUUGCAUUCCUGAUCUGGCGGCAAGCCUUAGGGAAGUACUCUCCAUUGAUCCUGAUGUCCCGAUGAGAUCACUCGGAGAACAAUUUAACAAGCUACUUCUACAACCUUUGCGAGGCUUGGAGAAGGCGAGUCCGCAGAUCCCAGCGAUAGUCUUGGUGAUAGACGCUCUGGAUGAAUGCGAAAACGGGGAUGAUAUACGUUAUAUCCUUCAGCUUCUACCACAAGCACAGCAGCUGAGCACUCUUCGACUUCGUAUUUUCUUGACAAGCCGACCCGAAUUGCCGAUUCGCCUAGGGUUUUCAAAAAUGGCAAAUCAUGAAUAUCAAGACCUUGCUGUCCAUGAGAUCCCUGAGGAAGUGACUUCACAUGAUAUUUCCUUGUUCCUGAAAGACCGAUUCAAAAAGAUUCAGGAGGAGAAAAAUGUUCCUGCGAAUUGGCCCGGGGAGGACGUGAUUCAAGCUCUUGUUAAAAUGUCUGUUCCAUUGUUCAUUUCAGCAGCAACCGUAUGUCGAUUCAUAGCGGCGAAACUCGACCCCGUGCAGUGUCUUGCUGAUCUUAUCGACGGUCAAACCAAGUAUGCCACGAAAAUGGACAAGACGUAUCUACCAGUUCUGAUGCGACUUUUGAAUGGACAAGAAGAUGACGAAGAUGAGCUUCUUCAACUGUUCCACCAGGUGAUUGGUCUAAUAAUCCUUCUUGCUAUUCCACUUUCUGUGAAUGCGCUCUCAAGACUUCUUGGACUCCGGACAAGAGUUAUUGCCAAUCUAUUGGACCAGUUUCAAUCUGUCCUCAGCCUACCAAGGGACCAGAAUCUCCCUGUUCGGAUUCUUCAUUUAUCAUUCAGGGAUUUCCUCCUUCAAACUAGGAGCAAGUUCUUUGUGGACGAGAAGCAUGCACAUAAAGAGAUCACGGUUCAUUGUCUUACUACUAUGCGUGCCAAGCUUAAGAAGAAUAUCUGCAACCUUGAGAAUUAUGGAACAGAAAGAACCGGAAUUGACUCAAAGUUGAUCAGUCAGACUCUGCAGAAAGAGCUACAUUACUCUUGUCGUUACUGGGUUUAUCAUCUCGACCAGUGUACAGAUCAAAGUUACAUGCUUAGCCAGGCACUCCUGUUUCUCGAAGAGCAUUUUCUUCACUGGGUAGAAGCCAUGAGCCUGCUAGGCAUCAUAUCAGAAGUGGUCAGGAUGAUCGAUGUCCUUCGAAAUAUUGCAGAAGAUGACCACAAUCCGCGAAUGAUUGCUUUUUUACAUCACGCAAAGCGUUUUCUCCUUAAAAAUCAUCAGAUAGUCAACGAAGCACCCCUUCAGCUUUAUUGCGCAGGACUGGUUUUUGCACCUACGGCAACAAUCAUCCGUCAAAGGUUUCAAGCAGAGCUUCCUGCUUGGAUAAACCUGUUACCACAAGUUGAGAAAGAAUGGAGCGCAGAGCUACAGAUGCUGGAGGGCCAUUCAAAUUCGGUUCGGUCAGUGGCCUUCUCGCCCGAUGGCCAGCUGCUGGCGUCAGCCUCUGAUGAUUUUACUGUGCGGCUCUGGGACCCGGCCACAGGCGCGCUGCAACAGACGCUUGAGGGCCAUUCAGAUUCAGUUCGGUCAGUGGCCUUCUCGCCCGAUAGCCAGCUGCUGGCGUCAGCCUCUGAUGAUCGUACUGUGCGGCUCUGGGACCCGGCCACGGGCGCACUGCAGCAGACGCUCGAGGGCCAUUUAGAUUGGGUUAACUCAGUGGCCUUCUCGUCCGAUGGCCAGCUACUAGCGUCAACCUCUAAUGAUCGUACUAUACGGCUCUGGGACCCGACCACGGGCGCGCUACAGCAGACGCUCGAGGGCCAUUUAGGUUGGGUUAACUCGGUGGCCUUCUCGUCCGAUGGCCAGCUACUAGCGUCAACCUCUAAUGAUCGUACUAUACGGCUCUGGGACCCGGCCACAGGCGCGCUGCAACAGACGCUCGAGGGCCACUCAGAUUGGGUUAACUUAGCGGCCUUCUCACCUAAUGGCCAGCUACUAGCGUCAGCCUCUGAUGAUAAGACUAUUCGGCUCUGGGACCCAGCCACGGGCGCGCUGCAACAGACGCUCGAGUGCCACUCAGAUUGGGUUAACUUAGUUGCCUUCUCACCUAACGGCCGGCUGCUAGCGUCGGCCUCUAGUGAUGAGACUAUACGGCUCUGGGACCCAGCCACGGGCGCGUUGCAGCAGACGCUCGAGGGCCAUUCAGGUUGUGUUAAUUCAGUGGCCUUCUCAUCCGAUAGCCGGCUACUAGCGUCAGCCUCUAAUGAUGAGACUAUACGGCUCUGGGACCCAGCCACAGGUGCGCUACAGCAGACGCUCGAGGACUAUUCAAAUUCAGUUCGGUUAGUGGCCUUCUCGCCCGAUGGCCAGCUACUAGCGUCAACCUCUAAUGAUGAGACUAUACGGCUCUGGGAUCCAGCCACAGGUGCGCUACAGCAGACGCUUGAGGGCCAUUCAGAUCAGGUUAACUCAGUGGCCUUCUCACCUAAUAGCCAGCUACUAGCGUUAGCCUCUAAUAGGACUAUUCAGCUCUGGGGCCUGGCCACAGGCGCGCUACAGCAGACGCUCGAGGACUAUUCAAAUUCAGUCCGGUCAGUGGCCUUCUCGCCCGAUGGCCAGCUACUAGCGUCAGUUUCUAAUUAUGGGACUAUACGGCUCUGGGACCCAGCCACAGGUGCGCUACAGCAGACGCUUGAGGGCCAUUCAGAUCAGGUUAACUCAGUGGCCUUCUCACCUAAUAGCCAGCUACUAGCGUUAGCCUCUAAUAAGACUAUUCAGCUCUGGGACCUGGCCACAGGCGCGCUACAGCAGACGCUCGAGGACUAUUCAAAUUCAGUCCGGUCAGUGGCCUUCUCGCCCGAUGGCCAGCUACUGGCGUCGGCCUCUGAUGAUCGUACUGUGCGGCUCUGGGACCCAGCCACGGGCGCGCUGCAACAGACUCAAAGUCUUCAAGUCUCCAUCCAAAAAAACUGGAUAAAUGUUCGCAACAAAAAGGUCCUAUGGCUUCCGCUCGAGUAUCGACCUACAUGCUUCAAAGUCCAUGAUGGUGUACUUGCGCUAGGACACAUAUCUGGGCGAGUUUCGUUUAUUGGGUUCCAAAUAAAGUAG